AUGGACAAACCUGAAGUAGAGGUAGGUGGUGCAGAAGAUACUCUGGUCUCGGAAAGCAUCCAAAAUACUGUUAACUCCGAGGCACCUAACGUGGUCAUGCAUUUGACUCAAAACACGAAGUCAAUAAAUGAGCGACUAGCGGAACGGACACCAGAUAUUUCUUUACCAGACGUUGGAGAGCCAGAACUAAAGCCAUCGGAAGAAUCCCCGUUUCUUGCGGAGGCAGUCUCAGCUUUUAGCGAUUCAGGCUCUCGUCGCAUCGAGCUCCCUGACGAGAAUGUAGAAGCUUUCGGUUAUUUUUUGCAGUAUCAAUACACUCAGGACUAUUCUAUAUCACCCGCUACAUCUUCCACAGAAGACGUAGUGAUAGGCGAAAUCGAUGAUAGUGGCGACCAACUACUAAAGCAUGCACGUGUAUAUACUUUAGCGGAGAAGCUUGGGAUGCCUUCAUUGAAGACUCUUGCCCAUUCCAAGAUUCAUCGCAUUAACAGUAGUCCACAUGGUGAAAUAACCUACGCUCGCUACGUCUACACGCACACACCUGUCGACGAUGUCACUAUUAGGAAAUCUGUUGCCUCAUUCUGGGCAAUGAGGAGUCAUGUCUUACGGCACGAAGCUGAGGAAGAAUUCUGCCAGCUGUGCCUUGAAGUUCCUCGGUUCUGUUUUGAUGUACUCAGCCUCAUUCUUGAUGAUAAAGAAAAACGCUCUCGGGAUAAGGCAGAAGCCGAAUUCAAUGUCAGAGGAAGCGGAAGAAAAAGGCUUCGGAGUGUUAUAUAG